UGUCAGUCUAUGCUCAAUCUUUGAACAGAGUGGUCGCUUCUUUGACUGGCUAUUUCAGAAUGGAGACCCCUGGCACGGAGGAGGUUCAGUCAUGGGGAAGAAGGAGUCGUAAGGUGGCCAACAAGGUUUCAAAGUACCUGACAAGGUGUGAGCAUGUGCUCCGUCAGCGUCGCUGCCAGGCGGAGAAGCUGCUAGAAUGGAAACGCCAGCUGGACGCCGUGGAGGAAGCCGUGCUCUGCCUGAAGAAGGAGGUUCUGGCCGUGUGGAUCACCCAAGCCUCCCAGGGGGAACAAGAACCCCCCAAGGCCUCCGAUGGCAAUGUGGUCCACUCCAGCUCUGGCACUGAGGAGAAGGAGGAGAAGGUGUCCUCGGAUGAGGAGAAAGAGGAAGAGGCUGAGGCUGACUAUAAGGAGGAUUUUGAGUCCUUUGGGAAGAGUGAAAUUGAGGAGAGCAACUCGAGCUCCAGUUCCAGCCACAGCUCCAGCAGUGGCCGAAGCAGCAGCACCAGCAGCACUGGCAGGUGCUCACCCUACCCUCCUGAGCAGAGCAACAGCCAGACACAGGCUAGCCGCACCACCGUCGCCAAAGUCAUCGGUCCAGCCAAAGAGGUGAAAAAGACCAAACCUCGAGAUGAGCUGGAUGAGCUGCUGGAUGAGCUCGGGGAUGAGUGGUUCGACAAUGAUUUGGGCCACAGUGGGGCAAAGAGGAAGCAGCCCCAUGCCAAGGCAGGUGGAAAUCAGCAGCCCCAGGCUAAAUCAGGUGACAAAGAGCCUGCCAAAGACCCAGUCAAGCCCAAGCCUAAGCCACAGAAGGCUAAGAUCCUUAUGGUGGUGCCCCACACAGUGCCUGUGGUGACCAGGUUGGUGCACCUGGCCAUUGGGCACAUUUGGACCCAAAACAAGCUGGCCCAGGGGCCACGCAUCCUGGCUGACGAGGACAAGCCAGGCAUCCCUCUGGGGAUAUAUGCAGAGGGAGAUGAUCUGGAGACCCGUAGCAAGCGUAGCUACAGGAUGGCUGUUUUUGACCUCAGCUGGGACAUCCUAAAGGACAUCUUCCCAGAAGGAGAAGUUAAGAGGCUGUCAUGGGAGAAGCCUGAGGUCAGACACUGCACCUACAAGUGCAAACUCAGCUUUGAUAAUGUGGCAGAGGUUCAGGCAUUCAUAACAAAUGAGGUUUUAAAGGCUUAUGGCCUCAAGAAGGUAGAGGUGGACCUGACCAAGAAGUUUGGCCAUACCUUCACAACAAGCCUCAAGCGGAAGAAGCUGGACAGGGUGGACCACAUUCUGCAUCAGGAGCUGCCUGGAGAACAGCUCCAGAUGCAGAAUUGGCAGCAGGAGGAGUUGGCCAUCAAGAUGAGGAUGGUCGACAGCCUCUUUGAAUACCUGCUGGAGGACACUGUUGAUGUCCUCAACAAGAUCCACGAGAGGAAAGCCUCAAAUAUAUGAAUACAUAUUGUUACGGAACCGAUUAUACAAACUCGGUAAGUCUAGGGGUCUUAGGCUUGCCUACUGUUCUGUAACCUGACUAGCAGUGGUGUGUAUUCAUGGAUGCCAAGGUAAGCCAUGC